AGGCACACCUAUAAGGAGAACAUCUAAUUCCAGUCCAGGUUCACCACUUGUAGAGGCCUUAAACUUAGAUUUCGUAGAUCCUAUACAGUCGCUAGGAAAGGAAGUUGAAUUAGAUAACUCCCAAUUGCAACUCCUGGCAACAUCAUGUCCGACUCUUAAUGACCAACAGCUGAAUGUUACAUCUGCCACACAGACUGAUGAUCUGACAAACGGAAAUACUCUUCCACCUUACGGGAUUUAUCAUCGAGCUCAAGAUUGGGACCUCUCUAAUAGUUCUAGCGCUAGUGGAGUGUUAGAUAUAGAGGGCAGCACUGAAGCUAGCCCACGUCGGCAUCGCGGAGAUCAUAGCCUCAAACCCAAAGAUUAUAGUCUCAGAUCAAAAGACAAAAGUCGGAGAUCCCAUAAGCGGAAGCUGCAGCGUGCACGAUAUGUGGAGUGUACCGAUUACCAGGGAAAUGUGAUACAUAGAGAACUCAGUAGUGAACGCAGGUCCAGUUUUAAAACUGCUAUAGAGAAGGGACAAUCUCAAGAGUCUAGUUUCUCUGUGUCAUUAGACACCUACAGUCCUGAAUCCAGUCACCAUAGUGGGGAUAUCACCCCUGAUCCCAAAGAAACCUUUCACUGUGUAUCAGACCCAACCAUAGUUGAUGCUAACCCUGACACUGUAGACCAAUCACAAGCCUGGCAGAUCACAAAUGAAGACAAUUC